GGUGCAAUUUCAAAUAAUAUAUGUGGAGGGUACUUUGGAUGGAUCGACUUUGGCGUUGCGUAUGCAAGAGGCCAGUUAUUUUCAUUAAGCGUAAAAAUGCGCACAACUGUUGAAUCAGAUUGUUGUUUGGUUUCGGUGAUCGGUGUUGAUAAGACAGCGAUUCCCAGCAGUGAGACUGAGAUUCUCCUGAAUUCACAAACCGAUCAUGGAUCUUGUUCUCCUUCGGUACAGUCAUCUAGUUGCUGUUCCACAGCUCCACAUCUUUCACAAGAUUAUCCUCUCUCUCAUCAAAGUGUUUGUCAUGUCAAUGGAGAAAAUAGCAAAUGCAAUGAUAAUGUUGGAAAGUCUGUUAGAUUUUCUGGUGUUACUGUGUAUUCGUUCGCACGUCAACAAGGCUUUUCAUCGAUUCCUGACAAUGGCUGGUGCACUCUUGGUAUGGCGCAAAAACAUUUCAGUGUUUCUCGGCUAGACCUUCGGCAACAUAGAAUUUUACAGAGACUUCGACGCAGACAACAAAAAUUGCUCUCCCAAAAAUGUAAGGUUGUCCCCAAUAUAUCUGGUCGCGGACGUAGCAAAAAUAAGAUUAAAGGAAAGGGUAAACGUGCAAAUGGACUAUGUAGUCGUAGUCCCGGUGAUUCAUGUCGUGUACCAAUUUUAUCACCACCUCCACCACUUUCUCCGCAAAUCACCUACGACAAGGUUAAUUUUGUCGAUCAAACAGAUAAUGCAACUCUUGGUUCUUACGCUACUCCUCCUCCCCCUUGUUUGUCCCCUCCUUCACCAAGAAGGUUUCUCCACACUUUUGAUGAAUCCUUAGUCAACAACAAUAUUUAUAACUCACUGGACUCUCUGGAUACAGACUCUGAAGCUUCUCUUGAUCAUGUUCCUUCUGUAAACUCAUCUAAACGUACGCAAAAUAGUUCACGAGAAAAGUUGAUGCCUAUGCACUCAGCCGCAAGAAUAAGACUUUUGAGGUCAUCUGGUGUUGUGGAAAUUGAUGAAUCCGAACGUCUCGUGUGUUCGUUUAUACGGGCUAUGCGCUCCCGUGUUGGUUGCAACUGUGGUCCAAAGAAUUCAUGUAUACCUGGUCAGUGCUCAUGCGCAGAUGAUGGAAUUCCUUGUCAGGUUGAUCGAGCAUCCUUUCCUUGUUCUUGUGCAGCCAAUGGUUGUCGCAACCCAAAUGGUCGUAAUGAGUUCUCUCGUGAACAAGUUCGUACACAUACUCAACAUGUAUUGACACGUUUGGCCAGUGAUUAUUCUGUUCAGCCUGUUAAAUCUCCACUGGAUAUGUCAGAAGCAGUGCUUAGUACACCGAAUGGUGCUUGUUCACUCUGUUUGGACUGUUCUAAAACAAUGACAAUGUCACCCAAUAGUCCUAUUUCUUUCUCCGGUAAUAGAUGUUGUGAGCCAGUCCAACAAUUGAACUCAUCUUUGGACAAUCAGUUUCUGUCAACUUCGUGCACAGAUGUAACACACAUAAAGGACUACAAUAUAUCUCCUAUAGAUACAACCGAAGAGAAUUGGUCGGAUCAUAGUCCAUGUUCCAAGCCUUUGAAAAGAAGUCGUUUAAUUUCAAAUCAUAGCAACAGUGCUAAUAAUCAAGUUUUACAAAAUUCUGUCGUCUCAUCUCUUAGCUUUUCUGGCUCUCCAUUGAUGAUAGAUUUAACCUUGUCACCAGAUGAAAAAUCACCCAAUAACACUCCAAAAUCUACCCAUGAUCGGAAUCGAUUGAUAAAUGAUGAACAAACACCUCUUAGUAAACAAUCAGGUCCGAUGUAUAUUUCAAAAGUUCCACUUACAGAGUAUGCCUCACCAGAUGAUAAUUGUAUUCCAACUAGUGAUAUUCCCGAAACACCUAGAUUAUGUUUUACAAAUGGAAUCUCAAACGAUGAUUCAUUAUCUGAUAUUUCAAUAAUUAAUAACAAUAAUAAUAUCAAUAAGGAUUCUCAAUCUGUGACAAUAAUUAUUCAUCGACGAAGAUCACGUUCAGCUGAUACCACAGGAUCAUGUGACGGUGAUAAUUUUCCCAUGGAGAUGAGAAAUAAUCAUUCAAAAAAUACUAAUAGCAUUCUUAACCAUAUCUUGUCACUAGAUUCUGUUGUUCGCGAUGUGACUAAGCCCAGCUCAAGUGUUAAGCAAUCAUCUCAAGUUCCCAAUGAGUUUGAGUAUGCAAAAUCAAAUACUUGUUGGCCUGUUACUUCUAUUAUGAAUGUUGAUAAUAAAGAUUGUCAUUUGUCAAAAUCAGCACCAAAUAGUCCAUGUUUACAAAAAAAUGAUUUUCCAUAUGGUAGAAUUUCUUUACGUCGUCGUGCUAUUCCACGUACUCCAAUAAUAACACCAUCUAGAAAAGUAUUAACACAAUCUAAUAAUCGUUUUCAUAAACAAUUAAAUUUAUUAUCAACUUCUAGUAAUAAAUCAAAUUCAUUCAUUACUGAUAAUCUAUCAACAUCUAGUUUACAGCCUUGUUAUAAUGACAAUACUAACAGCAGUAGCAACAACAACAACAACAACAAUAGUAAUAAUAAUCUAAUCACUGAAAUUCCUUCACAACUAUCAUCAGCAGCAGCGGCAGCAACUUCACCUAGUGACGUGAAAAUUCAGUCCAUUGUAUAUUAAUCAUUGUUAUUCUUGAGUAUAUUGAACAGAUAAUAUAUGUACAAAGACUGUUAGCAUUUUUUUUUCUACAUUUUCAUUUCUAUCUUGUACUUCACAUUGUAUUUUACUUGUGUGAAUAUUAGAAAAAAAAAGAUGAUAAUAAUUAAUAUCAGCAGGGGUUUCUUUGUGGAUAUUGUUAGUUCUUUCAAUAGUUGAAAUCAUAAGUUAAUUAAAGUCAGAUCACCAUGGAAAACUUGAAAGUACUGUAGUCCUACAAUAGAACAAAAUAACCGUCCAGUGCUUCGAAAUAUUCCAUAAAUAGUCUAGUUUCAAUUAACUUAUAUUCUCAACUAUUGAAAUUACAUAAUGAUUACCUUAAAGAAUUAUUAAAACAAUAUUCAUAGUUAUCUAAUUGAUUUUCUUUUAUUUAUUUAAUUAUUAAUAAUAGUAAUAUUUUUCGGGGGGGGGGGAAGAGGAAAAUAAAGAGGCAAUGAGAAUGUAUCCGAUUACAUGUUUAUUGAUAAUCUUCAAUUCUCUUUCUAUUUCACCAUAUUUUUUCAUUCUUAUAGACUAAAUUAAUUAUAAUCAUAAGUAAAUACAAUAAAAAAAAGUCUUGUCCUUUUCUUUCUAUUGCUUUAUUGAAUGGUACUUUUUCGUUGAAACACCUUUGUUAAGAACAUUCAACGUUCAUCCACAUCAAUCCCUUGUUCGAGUCCUGCCUUAUUUCUUUCGAUUUGAUCGAUCGGAUAGUAGUUUGUUAGUUUUCCUAAUAAGAGUAUAACUAAUAUUUAAAUAAUCAGGAAAUAAGUUAGUUUUUCUUUUUGAAUUUUCUCUUUCUUUUUUUUUCUUCGUAUUUUCUGUAAAUUUUUUCUCUUUUUUUUUGUAUGUAAUUUCUAUGUGUUUUUUCUUUUAAAUUUUAAUUUCGAAUUUCUCUUCUCCUAUUUUCUUUAUUCAGUUUAUCUCUUUUUAGUUUUCUUUUUUUUUUUUAAGUUUCUAAUGACUUAGUAUGAGUUUCUUUCUUAUAUUAUCAAAUUGUUUAUUUCAUUAUCUAAUCAUAUUAUAGAUUGAAUACUUGUAAUAUAAAGUUGAUGUGUAGUUUUCUAUUGUAUAUUAUAUACAUUUAUCUAUGCAUAGAUACUUACACAUAGUAACUCUAAACAUAUGGUGAUUAGUAAUAAAAGAAAUUAUUCUAUCGUCUUCUUAUUCUUCUUCUUCUUUUAAUAGUAACUAAAUUUUUACAGUUACUAUUUGUAUCUUUAAUGGAUUCAUUUAUAUUGGUAUGUAUGUGGUAUAUAUUUAUUUAAGUUGGGUAUAUGAGUAUGAUAAAGGUGUAAUUGAAUGAUAAUUCAGUAGUUGAAGAACUAGACUUUCAAUCUCUACGUCGCGAUUUCUAAUCUCAUUAGAUUGUACCAUUAACUGACUUAAAGCCAGUUACACAAAUUUCCACUUGGCAAAUGAGUCUAAUUAAUUACUAGUAUUAUAAAAUUGGAUAGUGUAGAAGAUAAUAACUCGGAGUUAUCUCCAAUGGAUAGUUUUAGUUUGUGUAUUAGGUGAAAUCUAAUUUUAUGAUUGUCUAUCUAUACAGGGAGUUUGCAGUGAUUAUUGAAUGUGAUUAAUAUGACGAACCGAUUUAAAUUAAAAAGUAUAAUCACUGAAAAGCUGUUUUAUCCUAGUAUAGAACUCAUCAACACUAUUCAUUCAUUUUGAUCCCACUGUAAAUGUUUACUCUUUGAACCACUGGACCAGCAUGUAAAAAUUUACAUGUCUAACUUCAACCUUCAAUCAAUUCAUGACAUUUCAUAUCUCCCUGUACCAUUCUUCUCUAGUAAGAUAAACAGUCAACAUGAUUAAUUUGUUGUUGAAUGGAGGUUUGUUAAUGUACUUCUUCCUGAUG